AUGGCUGGCUGCCCUGUUGCAACCCUACGCUGUCCCGAAGCCAACAUAUGCUGCCCUCUAAGCCAGGCAUUACACCUCCACGACCCACUGCUCACCUCACGCCACAUCGGUCGUGCAGCACAUCCACACCCACACCCACCUCCACCCAGCUGCCCCUCCCAACCCGCCCACUCCUGCCUCUCUUCCCUCAAACCCCUCCCGCCCCACUCUGCCAUCCCCACACACCGCCGCCCAUGCGGUCCCAGGGGAGCCCUCCACCCUCACCUCCAACUUCCAGGACCCACCAUCGAGGCCAACACUCCCGCCCACGGCGACCACUGCGUCUGCGUCCCCACCGCCUCCUGCUACGCCCACGACGUCGUGUCCCGCACACUCUCGGACUUCAGUGACCUCAUCGACGCCCGUUCUCGCCACACAGACAUCCUCUCAAACGCCACCCACGACCUCGUCUCUACCUCCAUCUCCGUCUCCGAGGACGACCUCGUCACCGCCUCUCCUGACGACGACGACGUCACUACGACCCUCCCUCUUGAGGACGACUUCACCGACGAUGUCCUCGACGUGAAUGCCACCCGCGUCAGGAGGGAUCUGCUCACGUCCUCUCACCACCACCAGGCCAACGUCACCGACGCCCCUCAGGAGCGCCACAGCUUCGGCUCCUUCCCAAGCGGAAGCAGCUGCGGCUUCGACCAAGUGUGCUGCCGCAACCCCAUCAAGCCUCAGUCCCGCCACUUGGCCACAUGCGGACACAGCCAAGCACAAGGCGUGCUCGGCCGCGUCAAGAACCCUUCGUUCGUGGAGGGCGACACAGAGUUCGGCGAACACCCGUGGCAGGCGGCCAUCCUCAGGCAGGAAAAGGGCGAGAUCAUGUACGUGUGCGGCGCCACGCUCAUCGACGAUCCGCACCUGCUCACCGCCGCCCACUGCGUCAGUAAGCUGCAGCUGACGGAGCUGAGAGUCCGCCUGGGCGAGUGGGACGUCCGCGCCAACACCGAGUUCUUCCGCCACGUCGAGCUCAGGCCCGCCUCUCUCCUCGUCCACCCGCAGUAUUACGCCGGAAACCUGGUCAACGACAUCGCCAUCCUCACCCUCGAGCACCACGUCGACUUCUCGGCCAACCCCCACAUCUCGCCCGUGUGUCUCCCGGACGCCCACAGCACCUUCGUGGGACACAGGUGUCAGUCCACCGGUUGGGGUAAGGACGCCUUCGGGGGCGACGGCAAGUUCCAGAGCAUCCUGAAGGAGGUGGAGCUUCCAGUGCUGUCCCACCACCAGUGCCAGACGGCCCUCAAGCACACGCGUUUGGGUGCCACCUUUAGUCUCCACCAAGGAAAUCUUUGCGCAGGAGGCGAGGCAGGUCGCGACACCUGCAAGGGCGACGGCGGAGGACCCCUGGUGUGCCGCGGCGACGACGGCGCCUUCCGGUUGGCCGGCCUGGUGUCGUGGGGCGUCGGGUGCGGUGAGGUGGGCGUCCCGGGCGUGUACGUCAAGGUGGCUCAUUACCUGGACUGGAUCGAGUCCGCUAUCCGCUCCUUAUAAUGUUGUUCAUUAUCUCUUUUUUUCCUUUUUCUUUUUCUUUUGUGAUAUGUUCCUCAGAAUUUGAUUGUUGCUUAAUUAACAUCACAAGAUCAGACUGCUGGUUCUCAGUGUGAUCGAGAUUUUUAACUUAUAGGCAUAAUCAUAUUUCAAUA